AAGGAAACGACGAUGAUACGAUGAGCGUUGAUCAAGACUAUCAUUUCUCGCAAAGCCCGCACGUCGAUGGCGCUCAUGCCUCACCGAGCCAAACCGACGGAUAUCCGCAAGUUGAAGCUGUGGAAGAGAAGAUCAUUCCCAAUAUCAAUAUUGUCAAACCCAUCGGUACGACCUCUAAGCCUGCUCGUGUAUCCAAGAGAAGGAACUCGACCGUCAAGCGUAAAGAACAGAACCGCAUCGCCCAACGCGCAUUUCGAAUAAGGAAAAAGGUCUAUCACCUCGAGCUCGAGACGAAUGCGAUCGAAGCGGCCGACAAGAUCCGGGACAUGGCGGAUAGUAACUCGAGGUUGAUGAAGAUGGUGGAAAAGUUGCAAAGGGAGAACAAGGCACUCAAGGCGACUCAGGCAAAGGCGAACCUAUCGAGCGAGACUACCGACACUCAGGAAAAGGUUGAAGGGAAGGCUAAGACGGUCAAGCGUAAAGAGCGCACGGUUCAGUCCAAGUUGGGAGGGCAAAGGUCGAGCGAUGCCAUGUUGACCAUCGACAACGUCGAGUUGAACGUGGCGGACGACCCGCUCGUAUCGCUCAACGACCUUCAAGCCGGACUGAACGACUUUGAGGACAACAACAAGAACGACUACUCCGACAUACAUCCUGUGGAGCCGUCGUCUGUGCCAUCCCCGGGAAAUUACGAGACUCGAUGGACGGAUCCGAUCCCGCCACCGUCGAUGACAAUGCCAUCGUGGUUUCAAGAACAACAGAUGUAUCCGCCAUCCACCACGAGACCGUCUACCAGCUCGAGUAGUUAUACACCGCAGACCAGGUCGUCCUUGUCGUCACCGCUCGCUUACAUCGGCAGUCUGCCAGCUCAAUCGUCUGGCCGAUCCGGUUGCUCACGGCCCAACACUGCGAACGCGAUGGAACAACAUAUCGAGGUAAUCAACAGUCCGACGCUCUGUCCUUCCGAAUCGACUGCAACGCCACGAUACAAUCCGUUUGGCUCCCAGGGCCAACAAGGCGCGGCCAACUUUUCUUCCCGACCGCGAUACUCGUCCGAGGUCGCUGCACCUUCCUUUCCGGACAUGACGGACAUGUAUCACGAUCAACAACAACAAAGUGCCAUCCGAGCCGAUUCGGUACGGCGCUACUCUCGAGCUUUGCAACAGCACCAUCAUCCCCGUCUGCAUUCCAUUGGAGACGACGGUGGCGUGAGGGCUGAACUUCAACUAGGACAACGAAGAGACGUCGGGAAGCAGGUCGACUUUUCGUCGCAAGGGGAGCCGUCCACUUAUGGCGGCCAUCACGAUGUGCGGGACGUCUGGACGGGUUCGCUUCAGCCGCCCGUACAGGGCAGCACGUAUGUCAUGCCCCAGUCUCCUAACGUUGGACCGAACAGCCAGCCGCGGGGACCGCCAUCGUGGCUCCGUCAAGGGGAGAUCUUUCAACAACAGGAUCACAUGGAAGGAAUAUUGGGAGGGUUUCACUCGGGUCUUAAAGCAGAAGCUCGAGGAGGAGACGGUAUGAUCCCAGUGGAUAGCGUAUUGACGCCAGUGGAUGGGCUAGGUACGAUGGACUGGAAUAGACGUCUGGAUUGGCAAGAGAGGGACCACGCGUGGAGCGACGUGUACGCUCUGGACACGUCUCAUCUUGUCGAUGGACAGCAAAGCGGUAGAACAAACAUGGCAUUCGAUGUUCUCGAUGACAAGGCAUCCCAUGUGCGUCGAUGAACACAAGCGCACAACCGGGGCCGGUAUGCUCUCAUCGCUCGUCUCGCGAUAUUGGGCGUCGACACUACUGUAUAGCUUCCCGAGGACCGAAUAUGUACACGCCGGGUUAGAGCGCGGUCAGCAGUGCAAUAUCUAAAUCGCGUCCGACAUCUAAAGUCUCUUCCAAG